GAAAAGGAUAUUUACACUUUCUGUUUUAUAUUGGCAUGUCCCUUCAUUUUCGAUGCAAGAACAAUAGCAAUACCAUGGUAGGGUUCACAGUCACACCCCUCUUGAGAAGAACCCCCCUCACAGUUCAAACCCCGUUUCCUUCUCACCCUCCACACUUGUUCCUAUUCCCUUCUUCCCAUACCCUCAAACCCCAAUUUUUAAUCUCCCCACAACCACAACCACUUUUGGUGUUUGCUGUGAACAACAACAACAACAACAACAACAAUGAGAUGAGGGAACAGGAAAAAACACAAGAACAACCACCCACUGGUUCAAAUGGAGAAGAAGAUGCAAAUAAUUCAAGCAAACAAAGACGACCCAUUUUCAAUUUCAAUUUGAAUACCCUUUUGGACCCUGAUCCUGAUAAUGUUCUUGCACUGGGAUUAACGGGUCUUCUCACAUGGGCAAGUGUUCAAGUCCUCUGGCAACUCUUGUUUAUCUCAUUGGCUAUUCUUGUUGCUGCACUCAAGUACUCUUUCAUUGCUGCUCUUCUUCUUUUCAUUCUCAUCACCCUUCUCUGAAUUGAUUAUUGGCCAUCAUCAUCAUCAUCAUCAUCAUCAUCAUCAUCAUCAUCAUCAUCAUCAUCAUCAUUGGAUAAUUGUGGGUUAGGAUUGUAAUUUGAUUUUGUUUACCACUUAUGUUGUUUGAUAUGAUGAUGUUCAUAUGUAAUGGAAUAUUAAUUGUGCAUAGCUCUGCUACUUUUCUUGUGGGUAUUUUAGAAUUGAUUCUGGCCUUCUUCAUGUAUAAUGCAACAUACAUUUUUUUUUUCUUUCAUAUUGUGUUUAUAUAUGUGGUUUAGAA